GAGUUUAGUUGGAGUUCUGCUUUCCACAGUGACGGUUUGGAAUCGGCAAAUCAAAGCGACUAAUUUCUGCGCAUACCAAUUCGAUUGUAUCCGUGUGUGUGUUUGUGUGUUUUUAGCCGUUUUAGACGCAGAAUAUUACAGAGCGCAGCAUUUUUUGGUGUACAAGAAAAAGUGGUGCGCGAAACAGGAUUUUAACUUGGCUGUUUCUUCGCCCCCAACUGCUGCAGCACACAAGCCCAGUUGAGUUGAGUGAAGCGCUAAUAACUGUGCUUCGACUUUAAGCUUGUUUACGUCAAGGUCGCUGCAUAGGAUAACAACAAAAACAACAACAACAACAACAAACAAACAAUUAGAAAUUUCCUAGAACAAAUCGUUGCACGCACCAGCCGCAGGAUGAGCAACAACAGAAACAUCAACAAUGACGGCGGAGGUGGCGUCGCAGGUGGCGAUACUGAAAUGGCAGCGGGUGCAACAGCAUUUGCUGCCUCUGUUGCAACAGCAACUGCAACAGCAACAACAACAGCAACUGCAACAGCAACAGCAACUGCAACAGCAACUGCCAACUCAAGUUCAACGCGUCGUUUGGUACAUUUGCAGGGCGGCAAUCGUGGAGCUGCCAUGGGCAAUGUUGUUGGCUGGCUAAAGCAGGCUUCCAUUGAGGUGCGGGACGCUGGCACCCGCACUCUGUCCAUGCUGCAGAGCACAAAUCCGAAUUUUCGCUCACUCGACUUAUCGCUGACGCCCACAGUAUCCGUGUCGGCCAGUGUGCCGGGCAGUGUGCCGACUACAACGAGUGCCGAGGGCUCACUGAGCGGCUCCACAAAUCUGACUGGCAUUCUGCAAGACCCAGAGGAUAGCUGCGAUACCAAAUUGCUGACACGAACACGGGCAUACGCGUCCGUUAGUCAGCCACAGAGUCCAAGGCAUCGUGGGCGUGGCACACCGAACGGCCUGACCGGACGCUCAACAUCGAUAUCGUCACAGCUGGAGAAGACCAAAAAGCUGCUCAAAAUGACGGAGGGCGAGGACAAGCCACUGACCAUUCUGCACUAUAACGAUGUCUACAACAUCGAAUCGAUGGCCGAGACGGAGCCGGUGGGUGGUGCGGCCCGCUUUGCCACAGCCAUCAAGAGCUUUGCACAUCUCAAUCCACUUGUACUGUUCAGCGGUGACGCCUUCUCGCCCAGCAUGCUGAGCACCUUUACCCAAGGCGAACAGAUGAUACCUGUGCUCAAUCAGGUGGGCACACAUUGUGCUGUCUUUGGCAAUCAUGAUUUUGAUCACGGCCUGGACGUGCUGGUUAAGCUGAUCAAACAAACGGAUUUCCCUUGGCUCAUGUCGAAUGUGGUUGACAACGAAACUGGUCGCCCGCUGGGCGGUGGUAAAAUCUCUCAUUUUAUAUUACACAAUCAAAUCUCGAUUGGACUCAUUGGUCUGGUCGAACGGGAAUGGCUCGAAACGUUGCCCACAAUCGAUCCCACCGAGGUCACAUAUAUCGACUAUGUGGAGGCUGGAAAUCGUUUGGCCCGCGAGCUGCGCAACGAGGGCUGCGAUCUGAUCAUUGCCCUCACACACAUGCGCACGCCCAACGACAUAAAUCUGGCCGAGAAAUGCAAUGGCAUUGACAUCAUUCUCGGUGGCCACGAUCACGUGCGAGAAGUGACCGAAAUUAAUGGCAAAAUGAUUGUGAAAUCUGGCACAGAUUUCCAACAGUUCUCAGUCAUAACCAUCGAGCGGCAGGCCAACGAUCGCACACAGUUCACAACGGAUGUGCAGUGCAUGGACGUGACGUCCAAGAUACCCGAGGAUCCGGUGCUCAAACAGGAAUUAGCCAAAUAUGCCAAAUUCAUAGAGAGCAAGCUAUCGGAUGUUAUGGGCAUAUUCAGUGUGGAGCUCGAUGGUCGCUUCUCGAAAGUGCGCACUCAGGAAACGAAUCUGGGCAACUGGGUAUGCGAUGUGGUGCUGGCAGCUGUGGGUGCCGAUGUGGUUAUACUGAAUGGUGGCACUUUUCGCUCGGAUCGCAUACAUCCCGUGGGCAAGUUUACAAUGGGUGACCUGGUCAAUGUCAUACCCAUGCGAGAUCCUUUGAUCUUGCUGGAGGUCAAGGGACACAUGCUGUGGCAGGCGCUUGAGAACGGCGUGUCGGCCUAUCCGAAGCUUGAGGGUCGUUUCCCACAGGUGGCUGGCAUUAGUUUCGCCUUCGAUCCACAAGCGGAGCCUGGCAAGCGCAUCGAUCCACAGUUGAUACAGGUGGGCGAUGAGUAUUUGAAUCUGGAGCAGACCUACAAGCUGUGCGUCAAGAGCUACUUAUAUAUGGGCUGCGAUGGCUAUACCAUGUUCAAGGAUGCCAAAGUGUUGAUGGAUGACGAUGCCUGUCCAGAGCUGGGCAUAACGUUGCAAAAUCACUUCAAGGCCAUCAAUUCGCGCAAAUGUGGUCAGAACACCAAGCAUCGACAGUCGCUAGUGACGCUAUCGCGGCGCCACAGUCUGGUGCAAUGUCUGGACAGUUUAGAUCUGGAUGGUCCGUCGCCCAUACGUAAACUCUCUGUGGGUCAUCAUAAUAAGUCGAUGGAUCUGGCGCAUGGCAAUUCGCAGAAGAUGCUGCGUCGUGCCUCGUUAGAUGAUCUCGAGCAGUCCACUUGCGAUUUGGCGCCACAGAUUGAGCAUCGCAUUAUAAUGAUACAAAACGAGGAGCAUCAUCGUCAGCUGCUAUAUAAGAAGGAGACGCACAUUAUGAACUCGACCAUAACCGAGGCGGAGGACGAUAGUUACAAAUGUAGGCAACUUGAAACGAGUUGUAGGGCAAUUACCGAUUCGGAAAGACAGAUAUGAGUUAAGCAGAAGUGAAAGACAGUUAGUAAAGCAAGCUUAGUUAUGCAUCGAUGGAAAUCAUCUAGAGAGAUAUAUAUAUAUACACCCAUAUAUAUAGACGUUACGAUAUAUGUUAUUUAUUGCUGUUGUUAUCAUUAUAAUUAAUUAAUUUUUUGCUAAGUUUAAACGAGAUUACUCUGAAAACAAAAAACAAGAAAACCAAUCUGAUAUUGAUAUUAAUAUUGUGUACCUAAAUAAGUUUAGACAAAAACCGAUAAAUUAAGUUGAUGCAACUAUGAAUGUUUUUAAUAUACCUAUUAUUUAUAUAUACAUAUAUUUAUAUAUUGUUCGCAGGACAACUUUAGGAAUUUAUUUUGAAAGACAUUCCAAAAGGACAAAACUUCUCCAAGCCAGUUGAUCAAUGCAGAGGUUGUAGCAAUAUUUUAGGUGUAUUAUAAUUUUUAAUGGUGUCUCCAACUAACCCAAAAGAAACUUAGCUAGAGUUGUGUAUGUGUAUGUGUGAGUGAGGAUAGGCAAAUUGAAAUGUGAGGAUAGCAAGCAAUAUUUUAGAGAGAAAGAGCGAGAGAGAACGGGCCAUGCAUGUGUAUAGGGUAUGGAUUG